AUGAACCUUUCUAUUGAUAGACUGACAAGGGAUGAAGCAAUCGAAACACUCCGGAGCAAACUUCUCAUUAACAAACCAUUUGUUGUUGGAUAUUUCGAUUACAAUGGUAUUAAUGUACUACUUAAUUAUAAUCGCAACCAAAUAAUCAUAUUCAAAGCAAUUUGUGAUCUUACUUCAAUUCCAGAAUUUUACCAGUACCACUGUCACGGUGUAAAACCUUUUAAAUUGCAAAAGUUACUUAAUGGGCUGCUAGACUUGACCAAAACAUUGAUACUUCAAGUUAAACAAUUUUUCCCCAGAGUUUAUCUCUAA